GUUGACUCCGCGCCGUUUGAUGCAGCGCAAAACUGCUGAACAUUUCAUCCCCCACGGAGCCGUUCGCUCGUGUUCGAUAGGAAAAACAGACGCGGUUGUGUUGUCCUUCAAGGACAAUAACGGAAUAAAUUUACACAGCGGGUCUGUCACAGACAGCCGUGUCGUUUAGUGUUUUAAAAGAAAAUGUCAAGAAUUUUUAAAUGGUUGUGUGGAUCGCUGACAGGCUGAGUGCCCAGGAUAACGGUUUCGCCUCAUCUACAUGCGCACGGAGAUUGCCAGUGGAUGAUUGUCCAGGGGGAGCUGAAGCGAUUGGCCAUCCACCCCGUUGAGUCAACAAAGAAGAGACGUGCCCUGUGAUGCGAUCGCAACAUUUGGCUGACCGAUAAACCCCCCACCUCCCCUCACUUCACCUCAGCUCACGUCCAGGUGGGUGGUCCCUGAGCAGAUCUGGGAACAGUCUGAUCAUGAGGGAAAAGGAACUGUGUGGUUUUGUACUUUUUUGCUUUUUUCUUCGGCCCUGGCCCCUGUCAGCACGUUUGGAUUGAUGAUUGAUGAUGGUUUAGCAGCACUGAGAACAGAAAAGUCUUUGGCGCGUUUGGGGAACAGGGCUGAGCGUAAAGCAGCUGAGGGAGGAAGGAAAAUUAACAUAGAAGGCACUUUUUUUCCUCUUUUGUUUUUAAUUAACUUUUUUCGUUGAAGGAGCCUUAACUUGCCAACUACAGGUAAUUAAAGAUUUUUUUUCUUCCAGCAGAAGAGUUUUCUUUUUCAGUGGAUUUACCCGGGAGCGCAUUGCACAUAUUUCAACAGUGUUGGGCUUUGAAUUCAUAAGAAGAAAGUUGAAUUGUGGGAGUUUUUCAUCAGCUUGCAGUCUGGGUGUUGCUGCUGUGGACAGCCUGGUGUGAAGGCACAAUGUGAGCUCUCCUACCCCCCCACCCCCGUGGAAGCUGUCUGUUCCCCUUCACUAUUUCCCCUGAGCUCUGCCUGAGUCCUCCUCUGCGACACUCUCCCUGUUCCCCAGAGUCCACAACCCCCUCUUCCCUCCCCCCUCCUCCCCCUACCACCACCAUCACCUACCUCUCCUCUCCUCUCCUUCCCACUCCCUCAUUCCAGAAUCCGUCAUCCACCCCCCUCCCCAGACCAGGCCGCUCUAUCCUUCAGUCCAUUCAGAUAGCCGAGCUUCCUUCCUUGUUCUUUACGAGUUCAUUCCGGAAUCCGUCAGUCCUGCAUCACCACAGCAAUCUCUCCUCCAUUCUGGGAUCUAUCCAUCAGGGAACACUGAGCUUCACCACUCUCUCUCUCUGGGAUUUGAGAUCCAUCCGGAACGCAGAGUGGAAGUUCCUUUCUGUUUUUUUUUCUCUUUUUUUCCUUUCUCUCGUGUGCUGGCUUGCCUGCCGAUCACCGCCGCCACCAUGCCUUUCCCGAAGCUGCGUAAGUUCCAGGCCCUGACGCUGCUGCUGUGCGUGCUGACCUUCACCAUGGUGCUGUUCAACUACACGCUGCGCGACCCCUCGGGCUCCGGGUACCUGUUCCUCAAGUACGCCGUGCGCCUGUCCGACUCCCUGUUUCCCAGGGGGCCGUGCGGCUGCGGGGCGGGACGCUGCCUGGCCGAGGUGACCGAGGAUGACAGCUGGUUCGCCGAGCGCUUCAACCAAUCGUUUCAUCCGGUCAUGAGCAGGAAGGGCAGCCUGCUGUCAGAUGAUACCUACAGGUGGUGGCAGUGGCUGCAGGCGGAGCGGCAGCCAGCCAACUACAGCGAGGUGAUUGACAGGCUGUUCCAGGUCAUUCCGGAUAAGGAGCUGUACCUGGACUCCGGGCCGGAGCGGUGCCGGACCUGCGCCGUGGUCGGGAAUUCUGGGAAUCUCAAGGGCUCUCACUACGGGGCGCUAAUCGAUGCCAGCGACUUCAUCAUCAGGAUGAACCAGGCGCGUACGGAGGGCUUCGAGAAGGACGUUGGGUACCGCACCACCCACCACAUCAUGUACCCCGAGAGUGCCGUGGACCUGGACAACGGGACAAGCCUCGUCCUCGUGCCCUUCAAGACCCUCGACCUGCAGUGGCUCAUCAGCGCCCUCACCACGGGAAACAUCCAAUACACGUACCUACCUGUCAUGGCCCACAUCAAAGCCAGUAGAGAGAAGGUGAUGGUCUACAGCCCCAGUUUCUUCAAGUACGUGUAUGACACCUGGCUGGACGGCCACGGCAGAUACCCCUCCACGGGCUUCCUGGCCCUCCUGUUCGCCAUCCACACCUGUGAUGAGGUGAACGUGUUUGGCUUCGGAGCGGACCAGUAUGGCAACUGGCAUCACUACUGGGAGAACAACCUGGAGGGAGGAGCCUUCCGCCAAACCGGCGUCCACGACGGGGAUUACGAGUACAACGUCACGCAGCUAUUGGCCGACAAACACAAGAUCAAGCUGUUCAAGGGGAGCUGAAGUUUCACCCCAACCCUGAAGGACCAAGAGGACACAUGGCAAGGCAACACGUCGCCAACUAAUUUGCCCCCGGUCGUUGACCCUUUUUUUGCCUUUUUUUUGCUGUGUCAUGAUCUUCUCACUGUGACUUACAUGGGCCAAACAGCACAGUAGGAGCAAUGCAAUGUAGAUCACACAGAAAUCGGGAUGAUGCCAAGAUUUUUUUUAAUGAUCCGGUUGGAAUAAUCAACUUUUGACUUUGACUUGUGCCAUCAUUUCUAAAAGGAUUUGUCUGAAGAAUCAGAAGAAUCGCGUUUGGGAAUGUUUCUUUUCGCAGUGACAUUGUUUUGCAGUGACAUUGUUUUGCACUGCUUGAAGCAAAGAUCUUACAGAUUAGAUUACCCUCAACACUCAGCACUACGAAUGUGAAGGGUUGGACUGUGGAAUGUUGCACAUAUCUCUGGAGCCGUUUCAGAAGAUACGUGAUAAGAUAGAAACAGGAAGGCCUCUACUUCCGCUUACUCAGACGAGGCCAAAAAAACGUGGAUGUGUAGCUGCUUCUCCAAGGGUUUUUGUGUCACUUUAUUGUUGACCACAAAUGUACUGUAUUUGUCCAAAUGUCUAAUUUCUAAUAUCUAUAUUUACCAAACCUAUUGUCCGUUACACAUCUGAAAACUGAAACCUGUCCUAAUCAGAAAACACGCACAUCCAGAGACUGGUUUCGGGUGCAGGUUCAAAAAAGUCAAUCCAUACGUAAUAAAGAAAAAACGCAGACCGAUAAACUCCCUAAGGAUCAGCUGCACAAUCAACUUGUUUAGUCUGAGGAAGGGCCAGGGUGGUCCGAAACGUCACAGAUUAAAAAUGGCUUAAAUGGGAGUUCAUCGGUGUGCAUCUUUCUUCAUUACUUAAAGGGACACUGUGUGAGAUUUUUAGUUGUUUAUUUCCAGAAUUCAUGCUGCCCAUUCACUAAUGUUACAUUUUUCAUGAAUACUUACCACCACCAUCAAAUUCUAAGUAUUCAAUAUGACUAGAAAAAUUGCACUUUUCAUACAUGAAAAGGGGGAUCUUCUCCAUGGUCCGCCAUUUUGAAUUUCCAAAAAUAGCCAUUUUUAGCUGAAAAAAUGACUCUACUUGGACCAUACUAGGAAAUAUUUUUUUAUUACUUAGUAAACUUUCAUGUAAAGAUCAAAUUUGACAAUAGGCAGCCCACUUUCAAUGAGCAACAUAGUUGCAGUACCUUUUUUGACCAUUUCCUGCACAGUGUCCCUUACUGAAACCUGUGAAACAAGGGACACAAGCAAGAUAGUAGUAAGAUUGUGGAUCAUUUUAAAACAGGUGGCAUUUUAACGCCCUGAAGAAGGCUCAACUGCCGCUACGCGUGGGCAAUUUUAAAAGUCCUUAAUGGACAUGUCAUAAUAAUAAAGACAUUUUAACUAUACUUUUUGGAGUGCCUUGGUGAAGAAAAGUUUUUUCUCUUUUCAAGCAACUUUUUAGGUGGCAUUUUCAGUCGUUGUUGAAGGAAAGAGGAAACUCUCCCCAUGGCUUCCAGGUGCCGACGAUUCAGGAAGCUGGCAUGGGGCCAUUGUUCUGGAGUGUGUGUGUGUGUGUGUGUGUGUGUGUGUGUGUGUGUGUGUGUGUGUGUGUGUGUGUGUGUGUGUGUGUGUGUGUGUGUGUGUGUGUGUGUGUGCACGCGUGCGUGCGUGUGGCCAAUGUUUCUCUCUGGACGUGGUCAUGGUGUCCAGAUGGCCGUGACAAUAAUGGGAUGGUAGCUGUGUGUGUGAGUGUGUGUGAGAGACAGAGUGUGUGUUAGUGUGUGUGUGUUGACAGUGUGCCAUAUCUGUGUGUUUGCCCAUGCUUGUGUGUGUGUGUUUGUGUGUGAACACCAUAGUGGGGCCAAGGUGUGAGACGAAACCAACACUGAGAGGGAAAGAAUACCAAUGAGUUACAUCGCAUCCCCCCACAACACACACACACACACACACACACACACACACACACACACACACACACACACACACACACACACACACACACACACACACACACACACACACACACACACACACACCUGUCCUUCAUCGCUGGUCUGUCUGUCUGCCUUUAUGUGUAAUGACAAACUACAGCCUGAGCUCUCAUCUUACCAUGCCUGCCUCUUAUUCAACCCUCAUCUUAACACAAGGCCAUUGCCAAGAACACCAGACAACAUCUUCACAGUUUAUGUAACAUUUCACCCCGUGUUCAGUUCUUAGUCAGAAAUCAUAAUCGCUUGAUUUCAUCCUUGGCAAAGCAAUGAAAGACCCAGAAAUGUUGAAAGCAUUUGGCAACAUUCAACAUUGCUGUGAAUUCUGUUCUGUGCUCAUCCCUUUCUCCCAUGUUGCCCAUGAUGUAAAAUAUUCAUUAUGAUUUUCAAGGUUCAGAUUCCUCUUGAUUUAGUAAUUUGAAUAUGAAACUGAAUCUUUCAACAUAUGACAAGCUAUUUUCCAAAAUGCUAUAUCCAUACUCAAAAAUUACUGUUAUUGUUUUACUGUAUUUCCCUGUAGAAAAAAAGAGUUUUGAUUUUUUAAUUUGUUAUGGAAAUAUCAGUUGAAGUUAGCCCUGUAGGCCUACCAAUUUCCCGCAUGCUGUCUCAAAAGGAAAUUUUACACAAAAAAAAUCAUUCACAUUGUAUUUAAAUGUUUGUUAUGUUGUUUUGGAGUAUUUGAAUGAUAACAAAGAAGGUGGAGCUAACAAGAGGCGACACUAAAUACAACGCCCCAUUGCAACACACUGAUUUUCGGCCGCGGCCGCCAUUCUGGAAUGAAUCUCGGACAAAUUACAUUGGAAUGCAUUGGGAAUGUGUACAGGAUUUCUACAUAAUACGGUAAAACUACAUCGAUAUAACUAUCGGAAAUUCUUCAGUUAUGAAUGCUUAUACCAUCUCGUGUGUUUUUUUCAACACAAUCAGUGCAGAACUUGAGUAUCUACAGUUAGGGCCAUAAAUAUUUGGACAUCUGCACAAUUUUCAUGUUUUUGGUGCUGUACACCAUCCCAAUGGAUUUGAAAUGAAACAAACAAG